ACAGACGGCGGGAGAAGAGAAGAGAGUACGAAGGCCAUAAGCCCAUAACCCUAGAGAGGUUUUAGCAGCCGCUAGAAGCUUUCGAAGCCGAGGAAAGAAAGAUAGCCGCCACAGAACCGCUGACUAUUACCUCCGCCGCGAAAUCAUGCCGAAGUCCAAGCGCAACCGUGCAGUUACCCUUUCGAAAACGAAGAAGAAGGGGAGAGAACACAAAGAAGGGGUUGUGAAUGGAAUAAGGGAAGCAGUGGAGAAGUACCCUUCUGUGUACGUGUUUGGUUAUGAGAACAUGAGGAAUCUCAAGUUCAAGGAAUUCAGAGACCAGCUCAAGUCCAGCAGCAGAUUCUUCCUUGGGUCAAACAAAGUGAUGCAGGUUGCUCUUGGUCGAUCUGCUGCGGAUGAGCUUAGACCGGGGAUCCGCAAAGUGUCCAAGCUUCUGCGCGGAGAUUCUGGUCUGUUAGCUACCAACUUGCCCAAAGAAGAAGUUGAAAGCUUAUUCCGUGAGUAUGAAGAUUAUGACUUUGCAAGGACCGGUAGUGAUGCCACUGAAAAGGUAGAACUGAAAGAAGGACCUCUGGAGCAAUUUACUCAUGAAAUGGAGCCUUUUCUGCGUAAACAAGGGCUGCCUGUCCGAUUGAACAAAGGUGUUGUGGAACUUAUUUCAGAUUUCGUUGUCUGUGAAGAAGGAAAGCCUUUGUCACCUGAAUCAGCACGGAUACUGAGAUUGUUGGGCAUCAAGAUGGCUACCUUCAAGCUUCACUUAAUCUGCAGAUGGAGCUCUGAUGAUUUUGAGCUGUAUAAAGAGGGACUCGAUGACGCUUCCGACAUUGAAUCUGCAUGAUUUAUGCCUUUUGUAGGGUGGUUAAAUGUUGUAACCUUGUCAAAUCUCAUGGGACUGCACCAAGUGGAUGUGUAAUAGAAGUUCCAUCUAAAACUCUUGUUUUGAACUCAGAAGUAAUGCUUAUGGACUAGCAUUUGCCUCCUUAUAGUUUUAUUCUUGAAUGCCAAGCUUUGAAGGUUUCCCGUUUUAUGUGGAAUGAAAAUUGAGUACGAUG